AUGCGCCCUUCGCGCGGCCUCGCGCGGCCCUCGGCGUUCCGGGCCCCGCGGUUGCCUGGGUUACCGAAUUCCCCCGGGACGCCGGAGCCCGCCUGCUCGCGCGCCGGUUGGCUGGGGCUGCUGUCCCGGCAGGUUUCGCACGCCCGGAGCCCCUCGCCCCGCCCCUCGGGCCCGCGGGAGGGGACAGUCGGGGACCCGGCGCGGCAGCGGGGGGCUCGGGAGCGCCGUGACGCGCGCGGCCUGAGCCGGCCCACCCCUGCCGGGACGCCGAGCGGCGCGCGGUGCCGCGAUGAUCCUCGAGGGAAGGCCGGACGGCCGGGGCGGUCGGUCGAGGAGGACGCCCGGCUGCAGGCGGGGGGUUCCGACCCCCUGGUGCAGACCCAGCAUGGCCGGCUGCAGAGCCGCAGGGCCCGGAUCCACCAGCAGAUCAACAAGGAGCUGCGGAUGCGGACAGGGGCGGAGAACCUCUACAGAGCCACCAGCAACAGUCGGGUCCGAGAGACGGUGGCUCUGGAGCUGAGCCACGUCAACUCCAACCUCCAGCUGCUGAAGGAGGAGCUGGAGGAGCUGGGCCACAGCGGGGACGUGCUCUGGCCGGAGAGGGAAGGGGCCAGUGUCCCCAUGAUCCCACUGGGCCUGAAGGACACCAAGGAGCUGGACUGGUCCACCCCCCUGAAGGAGCUGAUCUCGGGGCACUUUGGAGAAGACAGUGCGGCCUACGAGGCUGAGCUCCAGGAGCUGGAGGGCCUGAGGCAGGCCAUGCGGACCCCCAGCCGGGACGAGGCGGGCCUGGAGCUGCUCAUGGCCUACUACAACCAGCUCUGCUUCCUGGACGCGCGCUUCUUCGGCCCUGCCGGGAGCCUCGGGCUAUUCUUCCACUGGUACGACUCGCUCACGGGGGUCCCCGCCCAGCAGCGGGCCCUGGCCUUCGAGAAGGGCAGCGUGCUCUUCAACGUCGGCGCCCUCUACACGCAGAUCGGGGCCCGCCAGGACCGCUCCUGCGCCGAGGGCGUCGGCCGCGCCGUCGAGGCCUUCCAGAGGGCUGCUGGGGCCUUCAGCCUCCUGAGGGAGAACUUCUCCAACGCGCCGAGCCCCGACAUGAGCUCCGCCUCCCUCGCCGUACUGGAGCGCCUCAUGGUGGCCCAGGCGCAGGAGUGCGUGUUCCAGGGCCUCUCGCUGCCGGCCCCGGCGUCCCCCCGCGACUGUCUGGCCCAGCUGCGCAUGGCACAGGAGGCGGCCCAGGUGGCGGCUGAGUAUGAGCUGGUGCACCGGGCCAUGGCCCAGCCGCCUGCCCGUGACUGCAUGCCCUCAUCGUGGGCCGCCCUGGUGCACGUGAAGGCCGAGCACUUCCGCGCCCUGGCCCACUUCCACGCAGCCCUGGCUCUCUGCGAUGGCCUCCCAGCCGAGGGGGAGCUCCCCACGCACGAGCAGGUCUUCCUUCAGCUCCGUCCCGCCGAGCCCCGGGGCCCCGCGCUGCCACGGGAGCCAGAGGAGCGCUGGAUGCUUGGCAAGGCCCACCUGAAGCGGGCCAUCCUGGGGCAGGAGGAGGCGCUGCGGCUGCACGCCAUGUGCCGUGUCCCACGCAGGGUGGACCUGCUGCAGGACGCGGUGGCCCAGGCGCUGCGGCGCUCCCUGGCCAAAUACUCGGAGCUCGACCGUGAGGACGACUUCCUGGAGGCCGCCGAGGCCCCCGACAUCCGGCCUAAGACCCAGCAGAAGCCGGAGUCCAGGAUGCCCAGCUUCUCCCGGGUGCAGGCGGCUGACAUCUUCCACCGGCUGGGGCCCCUGUCUGUGUUCUCCGCCAAGAACCGGUGGCGGCUGCUGGGGCCCGUCCACGUGACCCGCGGGGAAGGCGGCUUUGGCUUCACCCUGCGCGGCGACUCGCCCGUCCUCAUCGCCGCGGUCAUUCCGGGGGGCCAGGCGGCCGCAGCCGGCCUGAAGGAGGGCGACUACAUUGUGUCGGUGGACGGGGAGCCGUGCAAGUGGUGGCGGCACGCGGAGCUGGUGGCGCGGCUGCAGGGCGCUGGCCAGGAGGGCGUGCGCCUGGCCGUGGUGUCGCUGCUGCCUGGGGCCAUGCCGCCCGGCCCGGGGGGUCGCCGGCCUGCCCUGCUGGGACCAGGGGGCCUCCUGCAGAGCCCCAAGGAGUAUGGCUGCGAGACGCCCGCGUGGGCCAGCCCCAAGCCGCUCCUGGGCUGGGGUCGCAGGCCCAAGUUGGGGAAGACAGGAGGCCUGCCCCGGCCCCCGGCCCCCGCGGGCACUGCCUCCCCUGCCUCUGUGCCGGCCGUGCCACCCGCCCCCUCCAAGCACCCAGGCUGAUGGCGAGAGGCCACAGGCCCGCCCCACCCAGCUCCCCCAUUAAAGACGACAGUCAGGUGA